UAUAUAUGGCUAUAAAGAUAAACUGUUUGGCUGCCAGCAUAAACGUAUACUAACCUUGGCUAGCUUGCAAAGAUUUCAAUCUAAUAUAUUUUUCCUAUUUUAGUUGUGACAGUAGCUAAACAUACAUUUUCUGGGUCUUAGCUGAGAAAUGAAAUUUUCUCAUUGGCUGAGACAAUGAUUAGGUUUGGAACCCACGUCAAAACAACAAUAAUAGUAGUAAACUUAUCCAACACCGGUGGAAUAUGAAGGAAUUAAAGAGAAAUUAUAAAUGUAAACAUUGGUCAACAUCUGCAAAACGGUUUUCAUUUCAAAUAAUAAUGUGCUUGAACUUACUGCCAUCUGAUGAUUUAAAAAAAAAACAAUAAACCAAACACAAUUUUUAUCAAAACAACUUUUUAAGAUGAAAAAAAUCUCUUUUCCCCGCCUUUUGUUGUUGUUGUUCUUGGCUCUUCAUUUUCACCUAUUGAAUCUUUCCUCUGGGCAAAUCUGUGAGAGAUGUCCCUUUUUAUCCUCUCUGGAAUGAACUUUCUUUACAUGUAAAGGAAGAAUGUCCCGUCCCCGCCCCCCCCAGUUGGACUGAUCAAGGUCCAGCAAGGUUUCUCAAAGUCUUUGAGGUUGCCUGCCUGGGCUGAGUGGAGGUCAACCUUAGGCAAGUCCUUUUUCACUGUUCUCUCCCAUUGGUGGAUGAUAGAUAUGGGAAAAACAAAAGCAAGAAAGGGAUUAAGGGAGUUGCUACCAGAUCCUUACAAUACCAUUACCAAUUACCACCUCACUGAAGGUCCUGAGCCUCCCUCAGGACUGAGUCUGCAUUGGCCAGGGUUUUUACAGAUCCUGCAAGCAGCCUCCAGCAAUCCAAGCAAUCUAACCAAAUCACAUCUUCUUUCUUCAACGUCCACAGAAUUGAGGGUUUUAAGAGCUAAUUCAAGGGAUUUUACAAGCCUAACAAAUACAGUCAUAAAAAUGCCACUGGCCCAAUAUCACAUUUUACAAAAUGCUGUGGAUCUGUGCACUUUAAAGCCAACUAUCUCAAAGGCACACCUCUUAGGCAAGAGGGUGAAGCCCAAGCCAGGCUUUUUGUCUACUUCCUAUCUGCGGGCUUCCAGGCCUGGCACCGUACUAAAGGGAAUUAAGAUUUCUGGACCGGGUGAGAUGACUAUUCGAGGUUCUGGAGCUACCAGGAUUGGUUAGAAGCCCCCUAAAUAGCCCCAGUAGUGGCAGGAAAGAGGGCAAACCCCAUGACUAGGCCCUGGGGCUCCGCGGACCAAGCCCGUUGGUUCUUCUACAGUCUUGGGCCCCCCGCGAGCUGUUCACUGUGUCCUGCUUAGCCAGGGGUCCCGCAACCCCUGUGCCUCUGGAAUGAGGAUCGAGCGAGUCCGCAUCUGGAGUUUUAAGGUGUCUCAGUUCUGAGCGGUUCCGGUGGAGAGGAAAGUGGUGGGGCGCGCGGCAAGAGGAGCAGGUCUCAUCCAGGGCUUCUCCCCGUCUCCUAGCGGUUCCGCUGCUGUAGGUCCUUGCUUGUUGAAACCAGUGGGAUCUGGCCUCUCCAUUCCUGGGUUCAAUGACAGCUUGCGGUGCGCAGCUGGUGAGGGUGCUUGCUUGGAGACAGUUGCGGGGGAGUCGGCCAGUACUCCAAGAAGAAGUGUACUUGAGAAGCUAAAGAAGCCUGUUUGGCCUGCUCCUGGUCAGCGUGAGGUGACCUUUCAGCUCUUGGCUGCAAGGCCUAGACCUCUGAUAGGAAUGGGAAGGAAAGAAUAAGGGGGUGCAUCGAUCCCCAGCAUAAAGGUGAAAAGCAGGGAGUGAAGGCCUGGCUGCUUACGGCCUCUUCUUCAGCUCAAUAACCUAUACCCACGAGUAAGAGAGUGCAAGGGGAGGGGCAAUUCGGGCCAUUCCUGGAAUGCAGGCCGGGAGGAGCAAAGCCAUCCUUGUCACCGCCCCUCCAGGCGUGGGGUUGUCAAGUUUCCUGUUUGCAAGAAGAGGAGGAGGAGGAGGAGGAGGAGGAGGGGGGAAAAAAACCCAGUAAAGUCCAACCAGGCAAAAAGGGGAGGAGGAAAUAGUGGGGCCUGGUAUGGCCUUUCCGAAGCUAGUGCUUCUACCCCGAUGUGACUGCCCGAGCAAACCUAGGCCUGUGCCCGCCACUGGCACUGGGGGGGGGGGGGAAGGAGCCGGGCCGAUGGCUGUGUGCACCCAUUAAUCUGCCGGGCGGGCGGGCGGGCGGCGGGCUGGGGGCUGUUUGUAACUUUGCUGCCUCGGUCGCCGCGGUCCCCGGGGAGCGGGCUCCGGCGCUCGCUCCCAUUGGCCGCCGCCGCGUCAGCUGGUGCGAUUUGCUGCUGUCGCUUUUGGCGUUCGGCCAUCCAGAAACAAACCAGUUCGAUGACUACUAAUAGUUAUAGCCAGAUGUACUAAUACACAACAAAUCACAGUCCUGCAGAGGGGCGCGCAAAUGAGUUCCUAUUUUGUGAAUCCCACUUUCCCCGGGAGCCUGCCCAGCGGCCAGGACUCCUUCUUGGGCCAGCUGCCCCUUUACCCGGCCAGCUAUGACGCGCUGAGGCCAUUCCCGGCCUCGUACGGGGCGUCGAGCCUCCCGGACAAGACGUACACCUCACCUUGUUUCUACCAACAGUCCAACUCGGUCCUGGCCUGCAACCGGGCGUCCUACGAGUACGGGGCCUCGUGUUUCUAUUCUGAUAAGGACCUCAGUGGCGCCUCACCCUCGGGCAGUGGCAAACAGAGGGGCCCCGGGGAUUACCUGCACUUUUCUCCCGAGCAGCAAUACAAACCCGACAGCAGCAGCGUGCAGGGCAAAGCCCUCCAUGAGGAAGGCACCGACCGGAAGUACACGAGCCCAGUUUACCCCUGGAUGCAGCGGAUGAACUCCUGCGCGGGUGCUGUGUAUGGGAGCCACGGACGCCGAGGCCGCCAGACCUACACGCGCUACCAGACUCUGGAGCUGGAGAAGGAAUUCCACUUCAACCGCUACCUGACCCGGCGCCGCCGCAUCGAGAUCGCCAAUGCGCUCUGCCUCACCGAGCGCCAGAUCAAGAUCUGGUUCCAGAACCGCCGCAUGAAGUGGAAAAAGGAAAAUAAACUCAUCAAUUCCACGCAGCCCAGCGGGGAGGACUCUGAGGCAAAGGCGGGCGAGUAG